GCUCCAUGCUUCGCACCGGAUGUUGAUAGAAACUGCAGGAACAGCUGAGAGUGAAAAACAAAGCUAGCUAUUCGUCGUGGUAUCAUCCAGAAUAAUAAUACUUAAACUACUAGGACAUCGUUAAACAUACUAGAACUACAAUUGAACACAUUUUGCGUUUUUAUAGGAUUGUCACUUCCGUGUCAGCCGCUGUCACAAAAUAAUCCGAGUCUCAACAGCAAACAGCAGCAAAAGAGAGGAGUCCAAGCGUGAUGGGGCGGAUCUUUCUGGACCACAUUGGAGGCACGCGUCUCUUCUCCUGUGCCAACUGUGACACCAUCCUCACCAACCGCUCCGAGCUCAUCUCGACCCGCUUCACCGGGGCCACCGGCAGGGCCUUCCUCUUCAACAAGGUGGUGAACCUGCAGUACAGUGAGGUGCAGGACCGCGUGAUGCUGACGGGGAGGCACAUGGUCCGUGAUGUGAGCUGCAAGAAUUGCAACAGCAAGCUGGGCUGGAUCUACGAGUUCGCCACGGAGGACAGCCAGCGCUACAAGGAGGGGCGCGUCAUCCUGGAGAGGGCGCUGGUGCGGGAGAGCGAAGGCUUCGAGGAGCACGUUCCCUCUGACGCUUCCUGAGACAUUCACACACACACACACACCACGCGUGCGUACGUACGUAAGUGCACAGCUAUGCCGUGACAACGCCAAGGCCAGCCUCCGAGACACGCAGAGCUAAAAAACAUAUUGAAUAUUGAAAAACAAUAUAUUUGAUAACACUCUAUUUUCCUCUUCCCUCCCAACACAAUUAUCUAAUAUUCCACACACACCCUGUAACUUAACCACACAACACACACACACACACACUCACACACCUUCAAAAUGUUUGUCAUUCACAAACAAAAGGCCACAGUUCCCAUGUUAACAAAGAAAAAGCAGCCAAGCAUCUUUUUCUAUCUCUGUGUGUGUGUAUGUGCUGUUGGCGUGGGCAGAUGUUGUACUGUAGACCCUGUACAGCUGUACUGGAUGUCCCUGCCUUGUGUCUCCCACCCCCAUGCAGCCUACGCAGCCCAAAACAGAGAGAGAGAGAGAGCCCAGAGUCAACUCUGAAUGUUCUCAUAUCAUGCAGCACUCGUGAAUGUAGCUGAAAUGGCUCUACUACCAUGUGGCAUGACAAAGACCAUGAAACACAGCGAAUCCAAUCAACCUCCCUAUUGUACUCACACACGCACAUACAGACACACACACACACCCACACACACACUAACUCUGAAACUCGCAGAACAUUUGCGAACAGUAUUUGCGCUCAACACCAGAAAGAAAGGUUAGCGAACUCCUUGCUCUGGUGUAUUUGUAGAUAGAUCUCUUAGACACAGAAGUGUGUGUGUGUGUGUCUGUUCUACUUCCAUCUUUAUUGCUGGAUCUCUUAGACACAGAAGUGUGUGUGCGUCUGUUCUACUUCUUUUUUGCUGGCCUGAGAAGAUCCUACAAAGAGCUUUUUACGAAGUCUUUGCAAAGACUCUUAGCUUUGCAUGCCCAGCUCUGCUCCACCCUGUAACUUCACCUGUGUGGACACCUGUGUGGAAACCUGUGUGUGUGUGUGUGUGUGGGGGGAUGGGGUGGGGGGAUAGCGUGUGUGUUUGUGUCUGAGCGAGAGAGGCUGAAUACUGAUCAGAAUGGGAAUUGUGUAUGCAAAGAACUUGGCGUGUGGCGGCCCCAUGAUUCUUCCUGAUGUCAUUUCUACGGAGGGCCUCAGGAAGGCCGUCAUUUCUUUUCCCUUAUUACCUCCUUCCUCCAUUCCUUCUUUCCCCAUCUUUUUCUUCCCUUCUUUCUCCCUCCUUUCUCUCCUCUUUUCAUUUCUGUGAUUUUAUAUUAUAUUGUUAAAGUUAUGAUAGUUAUUGUACAAGUAUCAUUAUGACUAUUAUGGUUUUAUGAGCAAUACGCGGUCGGUACAUGGCCAUUUUCUGUUCAGUAUGGUUUUGAGUAAUAGUGCUAUUGACCAUAAAUGGUCAUUUGUGAUGUUAAAUUAAAAAAAAAGAGAAAAUAUGCUUUAUUCCUCCUUGUUCUGCAAGUUUCUUCAGCAGUGUUAAUUUUGAAUAAAGAUUUUGGUCUUACUACAAUCAUAA